GGUGGUGUCUCCCUCACACAGAGUCGCGGCGACCCAACCUCCGCCCCACCGCUUUGGUGUUGUUUUCGUUUCCCUCUCGCUUUCCUUCUCCGCGCGGUUCCGGCGGGCGGAGGGAGGGGACCGGAGGACCGCGAGCGGCGACUGGGAGGAGCGCGGCCGCCGCCUGCUCCGGCCGGGGAGCUCGGGAGGCGCGCCGGCCCGAGCCUGUUUCGCUCCAUCGGUUUCUUCGAAGAUCUCGGCGCGCGGGGGGACCGCGUCGCGGUGGAGGGCGCGCCCGAUCUGCCUCGCAGGUGAGCUCAUAAAUGUCCUGCAUAGUUGUAAAAUCAAUUAAAGCUAGCCUAUGUGGGUGAAUGUGAUAAAUGGCUUACAUUCAAAACCUAAGUUGCAUUCACACCAAUUUUUUUGAAGAACAUCACAACUUCACAAGCCAUCCUUUGCUUCAUUUCCCUUCAACUCUGGUGAGCGAGGGAGCAAGGGACCUUUGACCACGUGCCUUUGGUUGAGGCACACUGCAUCAGGUUGAAGCAACGACCUUUGAGGUGAAGACAACUGGGAGACUAGACAGGGCUGUGCUUAAUCUAAUCCUGCACCUCUAGAGAAGACAGUAGCAUGAUUAUGACCUACCUCAUUCGGUGAACAAUUUAACUGGUAGCAUAAGCGACGGAGAUAUGCAGGAGGGGCUGAGGCAAAUGAUGCUUGAAUCUUAUGGCAUCAAUCUGUGUUUCUCUACUUCUUCCGCGCCCUCUUUGAUGGAUUCUUCAAUUGAGCUGAGGACAGGAGAUGUUAUCCCCCAUCUACCAUCUGAAAAUUUAUCUGCUAAUUCACAAGCCAUUAGAGAUGCUGCUGGAGUGGCUGAAGGUAUUGGCAUCAAUGGAAAGUUGGUUCAAAAACCUAAGAGGAAAAAACACAGGCCAAAGGUCAUUAAAGAAGGACAAUCAGCGAAGUUGCAGAAGUCCAAACCGAAUCCUCCCAAGGAAAAAGGGAAUCAGCCUACUGGCAAGAGAAAGUAUAUCCGGAGGAAGGGACGGAAUGCACCAACGAAACAACCUCCAUCCGAAGGCGCUGAUACACAGACUAGAGCUGAACGAGGAGCAACCCAAAGAUGUUUGAACUAUGAUGGGGAAGACCAACAUGGAAAUGCAGAUCUGGUAUCACAAACCCAGGUGACAGAGAUACCUAUUGGUCCUGGGGAUACUCAGUCAUCAAUAUCUGGAGUUGAAAGAAGUAAUGUCCAGGUACCAUGCCAUUGGGGUGGUACCAGCAGCUCUAUCUCUUCAGUUGAUCCGAUGGCUGAUUUGCAAGAAUUACGGGUAGACAGCAUGCCAAAAAGAGUUACUUUUGAUCUGAACAAUUCUAUAGUAAAUAUGACGCCAAACAAUUGCUCUAAUCUAAUGGAAAGCUCUGGCCAAUUUUUUCAGUUUGGUUCAAGAGAAGAAGUGCAAGCAAAUCAGUUACUGGAUUUUCAUGCUGGCAUGCCAGUUUCAAGUGUCUCUCAUCUCAACAGCUUGGUAAAUCAUAUGCAGCACCGCUCAAUCAAUUUUGAUCAAUACAUAUGCUCAUCUCAAUCUUGUACAGAAAAAUUACCCAGACAUGAUCAGAUGCUUCAUGGUUAUAGGAUGCCAGAAAAUCUAACUGCACCUUCUCAGCAUACCGAAAGGGUCUCAAUGGGGGGCAAUUUCAAUCCUGAAGCUUUUAUAAGAGAAGGUGCGAUAAUCAACCAAAUGGCCCAAUGUUACAGACUCCCAGAAAGUCCACUUGUACCUCUCAAGCAUAGUGAAAGGGAUGCAAUGAAUGGAGAUCUGAAUGAGUUUUCUGUGAAGAAUGAUUACUUGAAGUUUGCUACCAAUGAUAACUACCAAACUGGAGCUGCUUUUGGUUUUCAUGAUUCUCCAGGCUUCUCUGAUGUUCUUGCGAUAGGUAAAAAAAGAGAACAUAAUGCUAUCAAUGGCCAUCAGAUUUCUUUUAACAUUGACUUUGAUAAUUCAAAUAGAGCAAUGCAGUUCUGUAGUGAUGUUCCCCUUUCCACCAGCUCUCCAACAUCUUAUUUUUCUGAAACAUGCAAAAGGAUGAGAUCAGAGAAUCAUAGCAAUUGGCUGAAUGGAGCCACGGUAAAGUUUUCUUCCUCAUCGACAUUUUCUGAUAGUUGGAAUACAAAUAAAGUUUCAGCUAUAAACCCUGGAAUUUGUAGCUUGGCUGACAUACAAAGGUCGAUGGUCCUUGAGAAAUCACGAGCUUCGCAACAAAUGAUUGACAUUGGGAUGUCAGGAAACAACAUGGUCCAGGAACAUAUUAAACCUUCUCUGCAGAACAUUGUCGAUAAAGAUUUUAUUGCUUUACCUGACAAACAGUUCAGAAGCUUCACUGCACAGAACAUACAAUUUCCUGGCAAUACAGUGAACCCACUGGGAGAAAGCAAUAUCCCGAGGAAUGGAAUCCAUCAAACUCAGUCUUGGGAAAUAAGACCUAGUCAGCAUCACUCUAGCGACAAUUUUGCUUUACCUGACAAAUUGUCUAGUGGCACAGUGAACCCGUCGAUAGAAAACUAUAUUCAGAGUAAUGCUAUUCAUCAACUUCAAUCCUUGGAAAACGUUGUGACUAAGGUGCCAGUCUUGUUGUCUGAAACACACAACACUUCCACUCAAGAUGAUGCUGUGAAUAACUACUGCAUUGCUGCUAUUACUGAUGCGCAGAUCAGAACUACAAGUGAUGAAGUUGUUGGGUCCCUUUUCCAACCAACAAGCCAAUCGACAAGAAAUGGGAACUCUCAUCUGAACGCUUCUAGAUUAACUGCAGAAGAAAAAUGCACCGAGAAACCAAAGAAAAGGGGCCGUCCAAGAAAAGAAACAAUACCCAAUGGGAAACCAAAAGACAGAGAUACUAAAGGUAAAGAAAAUGUUGGUCGUGCAAAACAUAAAUUGCCAAAAGGUGCAAGUACUGACUUUUUAAAAACUGAGGGUAUUACUUAUGCCUCUGAACCUUCCACUGAAAUUACUCCUAGGCUCGCAACUGUGGAGUCGAAAAGAUGUGUGGAUAUAUCAUUAGACAUUUUGAAAACCUCUGACCAUGAUAAGUAUAGAUCCAAGGAGACUCAUGGAGGAAGCAUUUCUCAAGCUACAGCACCAUCAGUUGAUCUUUUAGAUGGUAUAAUUCAAAAGAUUAAGCUCUUAAGCAUAAACAGACCGGAGGAGAUUGCAGCAGAGGUACCAAAAAACGCUCUUGUUCCUUAUGAAGGCAAAUUUGGUGCACUGGUUGCAUUUGAGGGCAAGGUAAAGAAAAGCCGUUUGCGGGCCAAAGUGAACAUCGAUCCAGUCACCACUUUGAUGUGGAACUUAUUAAUGGGACCAGAUAUGGGUGAUGGUGCUGAAGGGUUAGACAAGGAUAAAGAGAAGUGGCUUGAUGAAGAAAGAAGAGUAUUCAGAGGACGGGUUGAUUCAUUCAUUGCCCGUAUGCAUCUAGUUCAGGGGGACAGACGUUUCUCUCCUUGGAAAGGAUCAGUCGUGGACUCAGUUGUGGGUGUAUUUCUUACUCAGAAUGUUUCGGAUCAUCUUUCGAGUUCUGCUUUCAUGGCAGUUGCUGCCAAAUUUCCCGCGAAGUCAGAAGUCCCUGAGAUACCUGUGGCUGAGAUGUCUUACACACCUCCUAAACAGAAGGAUAGUUGUUCUGGACUGUUUGGUGAUUCUAUCAAGUUGCAGGGGAAGUUAUUCAUUGAAGAGAUAAGUGACAUAAGAUCAUUAGUUACUACAGAAGAUAAUGAAGAAAGUAAUAGUAACGAAUUGAUUGGAAGCUCUUCUGGAUAUGGAGCAAACCAUGCAGCAGGAGGAUGCCCUGUUUCUUAUAGGAAGUCACUGACUGGAUCCCAUGAAAAUGGGCCACCAGGAUCUGUUUUCGCAACAGUCGGCUUUUCAAGUGUAGAAGCUGAAGAUGGAUCAUUGGAGGAUGUUAUUUCUUCACAAAAUUCUGCUGUUUCUUCCCAAAAUUCCCCAGAUUACCUCUUUCACAGAACCGACCCAAUAGUUUCUAGUUCAUUGCAAACUUUCACAGAAGAGGACUAUAUCAUGAGAAAUAUGUCCAAUGGGAUUGGCAGCUCAACUGAGUAUACAGAGCUACCAAUUCAAGAUCCAAAAGGCAUGCCCGAUGGAAAUGCCAGAUCGUCAGAAUAUCAUGGGUUAAAUCUUCUUCCAGUCUCAGGUGUGAACAAGGGUGUGUUGCUCGAUCUGAACAGAUCAUAUCAGCCAUUACAUACUUCUAUCUCCUAUGUUCAGAAUGGCGAGUCUGAUUUCACAGGUGCGUCAUGUUUCAGCCAUAUGGACAAAUCAUUCUGCACAGGCCCUGAUAGAGUGAAUCUUUCCAGUGUUACACAAUCCGAGUCUAGUCUUUAUCAGCUUCUACCUGCUUCUGCCAUGGGCAAUAAAAAUAAAACAAGAAUAACUGAUUCGUCAAGCCAAUUUUUGUACAGUAUAAAUGGGUCACUAAGUCAGGAGAGGAGCACUUUCCCUUCUGAGCCUUCACAACAAGGUGACUUUUCACCUGUAGUUAAACAAAACUUCCAACCAUUAAUUAGUUCAGAGAAAGUGCCAUUUUCCAAGGAUCACUCUUUUUGUGAAAACCAUUUUCCAAGGAACAAAACUGAAGCUCCUUUUGUGGUACAGCGUGGCUAUUCAAAUCUUCAAGAGGUAUACACUACCACAACAGAGCAAAUGGGAGGUGAACAAUUUCAAUCAGGAUGCAGCCAACAGGACAAUGAUGUCAGAGUCCAGACAACAGCAUACGAAAAAAAUUGUACUUCAAACUUGUGUGAAAACCAGAACUCUCAUUCAGAGGUCUUGCAAGGAGUUGCUUCAAACUCCAUACAGAAGUUCAGUGAUACUCAAGAGGGCCCAUUGGAAGUUCCUAAAGAUGGAUCAAAAGCUAAGAAGGUACGGGGUCGGCCUAAAAAGAAAGCUUAUGACUGGGAUAGUUUACGAAAAGAAAUGCAUUCCAAUGGUGGGGAUAAACAAAGAUGUCAUAAUGCAAGGGAUACUGUUGAUUGGGAGGCAGUAAGGCAAGCAGAAGUGCGGGAAUUAUCCGAAACUAUCAGAGAGAGAGGAAUGAAUAACAUGCUAGCAGAACGGAUAAAAGAAUUCCUGAACCGAUUGGUGACAGACCAUGGAAGCAUUGAUCUUGAAUGGCUAAGAGAUGUUCAACCGGACAAAGCAAAGGACUACCUUCUGAGCAUUAGAGGGCUUGGACUCAAAAGUGUUGAGUGUGUUCGGCUCUUAACGCUGCAUCAUAUGGCCUUUCCAGUGGACACAAAUGUUGGUCGGAUAUGCGUGAGGCUUGGAUGGGUGCCACUUCAACCCCUGCCAGAGUCUCUUCAGUUGCACCUAUUGGAAAUGUAUCCCAUGCUGGAACACAUACAGAAAUAUCUUUGGCCUCGACUAUGCAAGCUUGAUCAACGGACAUUGUAUGAGCUCCACUACCAAAUGAUUACUUUUGGAAAGGUUUUCUGCACAAAAAGUAAGCCUAAUUGCAAUUCAUGUCCAAUGAGAGCUGAAUGUAAGCACUUUGCUAGUGCAUUUGCAAGUGCUAGGCUUGCUCUUCCUGCACCUGAAGAAAAGAGUUUGGCUACAUCAGAAGAUCCAAAAGUUGGAGAGCUUUGUCACCAAACAUACAUAGACUCGAAGAUUGUGGGCCAACUUGAGUGGAAUACAAACUAUCCUAAGCAUGUUGUUUCUGGUAACCAUCAGCCAAUUGUUGAGGAACCGCCAAGCCCAGAACCUGAACCAGAAAGUGCAGAGACAAAAGAGGGUGCAAUAGAGGAUUUCUUUUGUGAGGAUCCUGAUGAAAUUCCUACUAUCAAUCUUAAUAUCGAGGAGUUCACACAAAACUUGAAGAGCUAUAUGCAAGCAAACAAUAUUGAGAUUGAAGAUGCUGACAUGUCGAAGGCAUUGGUUGCCAUUACUCCUGAAGCUGCUUCCAUUCCAACUCCGAAGCUCAAGAAUGUUAGUCGCCUGAGGACAGAACACCAAGUUUAUGAACUGCCGGACUCGCACCCACUUCUGGAAGGAUUCGACCAGAGAGAACCAGAUGAUCCCUGCCCAUAUCUUCUUUCUAUAUGGACCCCAGGAGAAACUGCACAAUCAACUGAUGUACCCAAGACAUUCUGCAACUCGGAGGAAACUGGCAAACUAUGUGGAAGUUCAACAUGCUUUAGUUGCAACAGUAUACGAGAAAUGCAGGCUCAGAAAGUCAGAGGAACACUUCUGAUACCAUGCCGGACAGCUAUGAGAGGAAGCUUCCCACUUAAUGGGACAUAUUUUCAAGUUAAUGAGGUAUUUGCUGACCACUACUCAAGCCAAAAUCCAAUUGAUGUUCCACGAAGUUGGAUAUGGAACCUCCCAAGACGAACUGUUUACUUUGGAACCUCAAUUCCUACAAUAUUUAGAGGUCUGACAACUGAAGAGAUACAACAAUGCUUUUGGAGAGGAUUUGUGUGUGUGAGGGGCUUUGAUAGGGCAUUGAGGGCACCAAGACCACUUUAUGCAAGGCUGCAUUUUCCUGCCAGCAAGGUUGCAAGAGGCAAAAAGCCUGGAGCAGCAAGAGUGAAAGAAUAGUACAUUGAAAAGAAAUAGAGGAGCUAACAAGAAGAUGGAUAGCCCGAAAUGAGGUGCUGACCCAAUAAGUCGCCGAAUCAUUUCUAACCAAAUGACUUACACCUGUAAUGAAAUGCCAGUACCUUGCAAACUUGCGAUGCUGAUGCUAUGAGGCGACAUGACCCGUUAAAUUAGAUUCCAUCUUUGGUAACAGUCUAGCUGUUCUUUUCAUCCAGUCACAUAUUCUUUACUCCUGAAGUCCAAUAUAGAAAAUGAAAAAACAUAGUGCAUAGUCCAGCCGUUCUAGUUGUACCUCUAUAAGUGGAAUCAAUUGUUGUACAACAGAAGGAUAACUUUCCUGUUCAAUGGUCAUACAUGUUCUUUGAUCAUAGUAUAAACAUUGUAAGCGUAUUCAGCAGUUAUUUGAUUUUUUAUUUGAAAUAAAAGGAAAACCCUUUUCAACU